AUGCCUGGCCAUCCUCCGAUCAAUAUUCUGAGCUCAAACUACUCUCGAUACGGUACGUCGGUAUAUCAAACGCUUUAUAGUGACAGCGAUGAGGUAUCUAGCACUCAGUCAGCUCAGGGCUUAGCAAAUGUGUCAAACAAAGACAGCAAUGGUAAAAAUGAAAAUGGGAUGGAUCUUGACAACACCAAGUCAAAAAUAAAGCGUAAGUACAAGUCCCUGUUGCAGAAUUAUGGUGGCAACCCAUCUUCCCGAGCUAAAAAAUUCAUCGGCAAAUUUCACGAUCACAGUCCCAAUGACUCCUUCUCGAUAUUUUCGCUGAGGAGCUCGUAUUCAACUCGAAACUUGCCCACAUCGCAGUCGAGAACGGCAAUAUCUUCGGCUGGUGGACAGCACGAGGUAAUAUCGGAAUAUUCUCGCCCCUUUGACGACAUUAACAGUCUUCCAGUGGAAAUUUUGAGUAUGAUAGUUGAAAAGUUUACUCAGGGAGCAUGUUUUGAAGACCCCAAGACACUGGUGCGAUGCCUGUAUGUGAAUAAGAAUUUCUGUGAGGCAACCAGGAUAGAGCUUUACAAAAGUCCCACGUUCACGUCAACCUAUCGUGUGGCACAAUUUGUCACAUCUUUAAGAGUUCAUCCUAAUAACGGCCUGCAUGUGAGACAUUUGGAUCUUUCCACGCUGAAAAAUGGUCUUUUGGACGGCCAAAGAAACCAUUUUGAGCAGUAUCGCAGUUCUGAGGAAGAACGAGUUCCUGCACGCAGAAGGUCAUCUGCCAGGGAUGUGUUAGAGGAGGCAGACGAGGACCAUGACAGUGAUACUGAACCCGGCGGCACAGCCGUGGAAAGAUCCGACACAGUUUUGGACGAAGACCUUCCUGACAUCGCGUUAGCUGGAUGGCGGGAUUGGAGGUUUAGAUUCGAUCCGCUUUACGGAAACCAGCUGUUAAGUUGUUACAACGUGCUAAGGAAAGUGUCGUCAAGACCAUCAUCCAUCCAUUCAGCUGGAGCUAGUAGCACAACUGGUGCAUCCGCCACAAGAAGGUCACACAGAUCGAAUAGUUCUGUUACGUCCUUCACCACGAGUAUAAUGUCUCCUUUUUACAAUUCACCGUCACUUUCCUCUCUCAGUCUCAUUCCAACUUCUGAAAGUAAUAAUGGCAAUGGCUCCGGGAAAUGGUUUAACAAGCUCUUUGGCACCAAAAAAAGCCCCAAAGAGCAAUAUGAAAAGUACGUGGAGACCAAUUUCAAGAAUCGCAGUCAAUCUAGUGCCGAUGCGGUUCGGGAGGAAACAAAUAAAGGGUCUGUGAAGUUUUCUGUGGAGACAAAUUUAAAGGAUCAGCCGUUUCAUGAUCGACAUCCAAUGACCAACAAGUUUCUUCUUAAAUAUGCUUUGUCCAAGGACGUCCCAUUAGGCUAUUUGUUCCACAUUGUUAAUCAUUGUCCGAACAUAAUCACCAUGAAUUUAGCCGAUCUAAACAUAUCCACAGACUUCCAAUUGCACCCCCGUGACAGCCGGAAAAGGCAUCUCGCAACGUCUUUAAUUCAGGACCAACAGGUAAGGGCCAUUGAGGAGGACACGCCAUGGGGCAGGGACCUAGAGCCUCAAUAUUUCACGGAUUCAGCGAAGGGCCACGGUCACUAUGCUAGCCCUUACAGCGCAAAGUUCAAGGAACUAGAGGAACUGCACUUUGUGUCGCCGUAUGCCAUGGCCGGUGAAGCUUGGAUUUCUUCGCAUUACCCACCGCCCAUUGAUGAGCGCACCAAGAUUAGAGGCCAGAGAAGCCGGAGCCAAAGACAACAUGAUUACAGUCUUACAAAGCUGGAGGUUCGAACUUUGUUUCAGCUCAUGUACGACAAGCUACCAUACUUGAGAACAUUGCACAUGGACAAUGUGGUGUGGUGCAAUCAGCGCGACGUCAAAGAAUUCGUGUUUUCCUUGUUGGAGCGAAAUCCACUACUUGAGGUGUUCUUUUCUCAUGCAGGAAUGGGAAGAAACCUGUCGUGGGCAUCUAGCGGUCGCGUAUGUCAGUUUGUGGCCACUCUACUUCUAGGCGAAAUUCUCGAUCGUGACGAUCUGUUUCUAGAGGAUUUAUUCAAUGUUUGCACCGAACGCUACAAUUUCAACACCGAAUACGACAGCAUGAUGUUGGGAUGCUCUAACAAAGUUCAAGUGAAGACUUAUAGUCACAAAACCGUGGCCUGCAGACUUCAAGUACGGCGUGGUUCGCAUUCAAGACUCGAGACCAGAAUAGAGUUGGACAGCACCGUGAUUUGUGACAUCUCAUUGGGCCCUGGACGCGCUCAAAACAGCGAUGAAGGCCUUUCUCGACUAGAGCAAUUAGCGCACCAGCUCGUUGGGCGGCUAGAAAAUCUGCGUACGGCAGAGCUUCGCAGACAUAUUGGUGAAAACCAGUACACGAUGCACUAG